CGUAAAAACCGGAGCGUGGCAAACUUUUGCUCGCCUUUUCAGUUCCGGGAUGAGGAUUUUACAACGUUGAACGCGAUAUAGGGUGGCCGCUAUCCGUUGAAACGAAUGGGAAAGAUGUAAGGCUUUGAUUGUCUUAACGAAAGGGUGUUCAAUGCGGCCCAGAUGAGCUCGGUGAUUCCGCAGACGUAUUCAUUUACUUUUCUAGACAGUAGUUUCGAAGGACGCGGCUGGCCCGAUGUUUUCUGGCGUCCCCAAAUUAGCGGGAAGAGGGGGGGAAAAAACAACCUGACAUACAUAAGUGAGCGCGGACGAAUGAGUAUGCAAAUCUAAUGCACGGCGGAACACGCCACGGCGACUGCCACGGAGGUCCGGUUGAACUCGGAUGUCGGUCUCUCGUUUCUACGCCAACCAAGCGAGCAAAUGAGCCAAUCAGCCUCGGACCUUACAGAUCGGGAUCUGGCGGGCGCCGGGCAAAACCGCCGCUAUGGGCUGCAUGGGAUCAAAGCUCUUUUCUUUGACUUGGACAACACCUUGAUCGACACUGUGUCUGCAAGCAGGGCAGCCAUUGCAGAGGUAAUCAGAAUUUUACAAUAUGAGUAUCACUACACUGAAAGAGAAGCUGACAUGGUGUGUGAAAGGUUCCAAGCCAAGCUGUCCAAAGAAUGCUUUGAUCCAUCUAAAAUAUCCAUUACUAAUCUAAGGAUCCAACAUUGGGAAGGAGCUAUACAAGAAGUAAAGGGAGGAACAGCCAAUCAGAAGCUGGCUAGAGAAUGUUAUUUUCUUUGGAAGACUACCCGCCUGGAGCACUUGACUUUGACAAAGGAAACACGCAAGAUCCUCAGGGGCCUCAAAAAAGUUGCCCCUUUGCUUCUGCUAACAAAUGGAGACACUGAGACACAAAGAGAAAAGAUCGAAGCCUGUGCCUGUCAGGAAUUUUUUGAUGCAAUUGUUGUAGGAGGAGAGCAGAAAGAAGAGAAACCAUCGCCAUCCAUUUUCCUUCACUGUUGUGAACUUCUAGGAGUCCAGGCUGAGGACUGUGUGAUGAUUGGAGACUCUUUAGACACGGACAUCCAAGGAGGGUUGAAUGCAGGUUUAAAGGCAACCAUUUGGAUAAAUAAAACUGGAAUAGUUCCCAAGGAAACAUCUCCUAUUCCUCACUAUACUAUUUCUUCUCUUCUUGACCUCCCUGGACUUUUAGUACAAUAGCAUUUUGAAAUGAAUCAGGUGGUAGAUAAUGUACAUAACAGUCUCCCCAAGUAAUUUUAAGAGUUUAGCCUCUUUGGUUUACAGUUAAAGGGCAUUUCUAUCUAUAAAGUUUACAUUGAUUUACUUAAA